AUGAGUACAGAAAGUCAAACAAUAGUGGUGAUCCAAGAUGCAUCAAGAGAUGUUGGUUUAAAGGCAAUAGAAAAGGUCCUCAAAAAGCUAGCAGUUAAAGCUGGAGAUCAGCUUAUAAUUGUUGCCAUUCUUAACUGGUUUAGCAGUCCUAUGGGAUACAUGGUCACAGUUGAUUCGAGUUAUUUUGUUUCAACGAACAAGAAAAUUAUUGAAGAAAACUUUAGCAAGAGAAAGAAUGACUAUCCGAUGAAUCGGUAUAUCAACAAGCUCUCUAAGUAUUGUCAAAUCAAUAAGAUUGAAUUCCAACUAGAAGUGCAUGCAGGACCAGCUCCUCAGGUGAUUUCUGAGGCUGCAACUAAAUUUCAACCUACAACUUUGAUACUUGAUAGGUAUAUCCACAGAAACAUGAAGAAUUUCAUGGACAGGAUCCCUUGUGGUAUGUAUAGGAUAACAAGCGAUAACUCCAUUGAAAAGCUGAAAGAUCCGAAAUCAUUAGCUUCGAAAUUUUCUGAAAGGCAAGAAAAUGUAAGCUAUUCAGAAAUGAUACCGGGAAGUGAAGACGAUGGAGUUUCUCUUCAGAUGUCCAAGUCUUCGUCUACCGAUCUUUUCACGUCCGGAGUUUCAAGUACCGAUAAUGCAUCUACUUCUGGCGUUGGAAGUUCAGAAUACGUCCUUCAGAAAUACCAAAUGGGAGAGUUUCUUGCGGAGCAAGAAAAACAAGAGAGACGAUCACUAUUUCAUAUAUGUGAAAAUCAAGAAUCGAACGGAACAGAAGUAAAUCAAAAGGAGAUACAAAUUGAGAAUGCAGCAUAUAAUAUGGAGGAGGAGUUCACAAAUCCAGCUUGUUCGGUAUGCAACAAUAAAAGACUGAAAAUCGGAUCGAAAAGAGACUUCAGUUACUUGGAGCUCUACGCUGCUACGCAGGGAUUUUCUGCUAAGAACUUUCUGUCGGAAGGUGGGUUUGGAUCGGUCUACAAAGGACAACUAAACGGAAUGACAAUUGCGGUUAAGCAACAUAAAAGUGCAAGCUUUCAAGGAGAGAAGGAGUUUAGGUCUGAAGUCAAUGUACUUAGAAGAGCAAGACAUGAAAAUGUGGUCAUGCUUUUAGGUUCAUGUUCAGAAGGGAAUAAUAGGCUUCUUGUUUAUGAAUAUGUCUGCAAUGGCUCACUUGAUCAACAUCUCUCCGAACACUCAAGAUCGCCUCUUACUUGGGAAGAUAGGAUCAAAGUAGCUAUUGGAGCGGCCAAAGGCUUACUAUACUUGCACAAAAAUAACAUCAUACACAGAGAUGUCAGACCAAAUAAUAUUCUUGUAACACAUGAUCAUCAACCAUUGAUAGGAGAUUUUGGACUAGCAAGAACUCACAACAAAGAUUUGACACACUCGACGGAAGUUGUUGGUACCUGGGGUUAUUUGGCACCAGAAUAUGCCGAAUAUGGCAAAGUGUCGAGUAGAACCGAUGUAUAUUCUUUUGGAGUGGUUCUACUACAGCUUAUCACUGGAAUGAGAACUACAGACAAAAGACUUGGAGGAAGAAGCCUCGUCGGAUGGGCAAGGCCACUUUUAAGAGAAAGAAAUUAUCCAGAUCUAAUUGAUGAAAGGAUCAUUGAUAGCCAUGAUUACCAUCAAUUAUUUUGGAUGAUAAGACUAGCUGAGAAAUGUCUAAGCAAGGAUCCUAAGAAAAGGCUAAGUAUGGUUGCGAUUGUUAAUGCAUUGAGUGACAUUUCGGAAGGAAACACGUGUGACAUUGGAACGGGAGAUUACUCGCCUGCAAGGUCAGAUUCAUCUUAUAGUGAAUCAGAAUUCGAUGAAAAUGAAGAUAUUAUACACGGAAACUUUGAGGAGGACAGCGAGUUACUAAGCACGAUUUCAGAAUCCAUAGAAGGAAAUGAUACCAUUAGUCAGAUGAGACAUAUGAGUGUGAGGCAGCCACCAUCUCCUCCGAUUAAAAGCAUGUGUUCGAGCGGCUCAAACUCGUUUCAGUUUUCGGAUGAAUCGUAUAGUGAUUACGAAGCACAUUGUGAAAGGGAUGCAGAAAUGGUAACAUACAGAAUUGGUUUACUCAACAACUCUUAGAUGGUACUGCUAGACUAUAUCAGAAGAAAUAAAUAAGAUAGAAUUUGAGUUUAGAUUAUUGAAACAAAUAAAUUUUCCACCUUAAUGAUAGUG